CCCACCCCACCCCACCCCUCCCCUACCCUAACCUAACCUAAGCUACCCUAAUACAUACUAAGCUCUCUUCUUCUCCUCUCUUUGUUUCUACCUUUCAUCUCUGAUACUAAACAAGCAGAAGAUUUCAUGGGAGGUGGUGAUGAAGAAAACGAGAGCAAGUGGCCGCUGUGGCUCCGCCCUCUUCUACAAACAACCUUCUUUAAUCAAUGCAAACUUCAUGCCAGUUCCCAUAAGAGUGAAUGCAACAUGUAUUGCUUGGACUGCAUCAAUGGACCUCUUUGUUCCCUCUGCCUCAAUUUGCACAAGGAUCAUCGAGCCAUUCAGAUAAGGAGAUCAUCCUACCAUGAUGUAAUAAGGGUGUCUGAGAUUCACAAGUAUAUGGACAUAACCGGAGUACAAACUUAUGUGAUAAACAGUGCCAAAAUCGUGUUCUUGAAUGAACGGCCACAGCCUAGGCCUGGUAAAGGUGUCACCAAUACCUGUCGAGUCUGUCACCGAACCCUUGUCGAUUCCUUCGCUUAUUGCUCCCUUGCCUGCAAGAUUGUUGGGACGUCCAAGAAUUUCGAAAACAAGAAAAUACACACCGAGGUGGAGGAAGAAUCCAUGAUUGUUAGGAACAAAACAAAGAGCUAUGGGCCAUCAACACCUCCAAAUUACACAAACGCAAAAAGGAGAAAGGGGAUCCCUCACAGAGCUCCUACAGGUGCACUUAUUAUGGAAUACUAAAUGAAUUCAAUUUCAGUUCCGGCAUACCGAGCUUUGUCGAUAGAAGCCGAAGUUGGAGUAGGAGUCGGAGUCAGAAACACACCAUAAGACUACAUCUAUACGCCAUCCAUCUGUAUGAUAUCAUCAUCCACAUCAAGAAACCAGUUUGAUUCAAGUCAAGGCGAGUUUUAUGCAGUAGUUUAAUAGUAGAUUUUCUGGUAUGACAUACAUAGUCAUGGAAUUGGAAGACGAAUAAUGAAUAAAUGUGUACCCAGAAAUCAUUGAAAUGUAAAAUUAAGAAAGAAAGGGAAAAACAUAAAGGAGGCCCUAAAUUGUGAAUAUAACUUGUGUUCGUUUUGUAACAGGCAGAGUACAUGUUAUCUUGA